UUGACAGUGUCAGAGCGACCCGAGUUUAGCUGUGCUCUUUCACUUCUCUCAGUAUAGCUGCAAACUUAUAUGUGUAAAGAUGUUCUCGGCGUUCCGUUUAUUGUAGAGAAAAAAAAGUAAAUUAUUGUUUUUCUCCCCUGAUGAAAAUCCCCAAAUAGUUUCCCAGUGCAUUUCCCAUCGGUGUGCGUGCGUUUGCGACAAAUUGAAUGGUGAAGAGUGCUUUUUUGGUAGUUUUUCUAAAGAUUUGUGACAGAAGUCUUGAUAGUUUUUUUUUCUGUACCCCUCUGUGCUUGAUGGAAAAAAACUGCAACAUUUAAUUACGUGCUUAGUGUGUAUGUUUUAAAGCUUUCACGGCAUUAAUGGUGGUAGCGCAAAAAUGAUUUAAUGUGCAACGGAAAAAUUAAAACAUUGGACUAAAAAAAAUGGGAUAAAAUAUUCAUUGCCACCAUCAGGCCAAAAAGUCCGAUUAAUUUUCACCUGGAAGGCCGUAUUAUAUACUUUUUGGCAUAAUUGAGAGAAUAAAAUGCUAUUCUAAAAUACAAUAGAAAAACAAAAAACGAAAACGAAACACCUCCAUAAACUGACUUGGAAAUUAAAUAAAAAGGGGAGUGUGUGUGCAGAAAAAAAAGUAAACGAAAUCUUUAUACAAAGAUGAAUGUAAAAAUAUUUCGAAGGGGUUCAGCACGCUGUAUUGGACUUCUAUCUGCCCUUGUUACGAUACUUCUUUGUCUCUACUACAUCUCAAUUGGUCAGCCAUUGUCCUCGAGAGAUCGCGGUACAAAUGACAAAAGAGUCUUGCAUACAAAUGAAAAAUUAAGUGCUUCUAAUGGGACAUGGAACAAUUGGUUGGAGACUGGCAAAUUGGAAUCGUCGAAGAAAUCAAUUGGAAAUUUGAUACUUUCCCCAAAAAAUUCAUCAAAUUCGUUAGCUAAUGGGAAAGCACCCACCUUGCAGAUAAAUGAAGACUGGACAAAAUGUAGGGGAUUGUAUGAAAGUGAGACGGAUAUCACAACACUGGACGAAUACUCAAAGUUUGACUUCCAACCCGAAUGGAUGAAGAGCAAAGAGUACUGGGACAAAACUUUUGAGGCACGUUUCGAGGAAUUACGCAAAAAUCCAGAGCGUCCCCCACUUAAAGUAAUUCUCGUACCACAUUCACACAAUGAUCCUGGAUGGCUACGAACAUACAUCAACUACUUUGAGUUGGAUUCCAGACAGAUACUCAAUUUAAUUGUUGCAAAACUGCAAGAGUACGAAGACAUGACUUUCAUUUGGUCUGAAAUUUGUAUUUUGCAAUUAUGGUGGGAUCAGGCACAUCCUCAGAAGCAAAGGGCACUAAAACAGCUUGUACAGUCCGGACGACUUGAAAUAACCACCGGUGGCUGGGUAAUGACGGACGAGGCGAAUGUUCACAUUUACGCAAUGGUCGAUCAGCUAAUUGAGGGUCAUCAGUGGGUGAGGAAUCACCUUAAUGUCACCCCACGCGUGGGGUGGUCAAUUGAUCCCUUCGGCCAUGGGAGUACUGUGCCCUUCUUGCUCUCCUCCAGUGAUUUCGAUGGCACAAUCAUUCAGCGGAUACACUAUGCGUGGAAGCAGUGGUUCGCCAAGCAUCAAUCAGGAGAUUUCCUGUGGAAACCCUUCUGGCAGAGCCCAACACGCACCAAUGAUCUCCUAACACACAACAUGCCUUUCGACAUUUACUCCAUCAAACAUUCCUGCGGGCCACAUCCCUUCAUUUGUCUCAACUUUGAUUUCCGCAAGAUCCCCGGUGAGUACACGGAGUACUCGAUAAAAGCCCAAUUUAUCACAAAUGAGAAUAUCGCAACAAAAGCCGAUCUCCUCAUUGAGCAAUACGCAAGAACGGCAUCAUUGUUCCCACACAAUGUUGCCCUCAUACCAAUUGGUGAUGAUUUCCGAUACAACAAAGAGCGCGAAUUUGAGCAACAGUACAUAAAUUACAAGAAACUCGUUGACUACAUCAACACCCACAGAGAACGCUAUGGGAAUGCCGAAAUAUCCUUUGGUACGCCCGUUGAUUACUUCCGUGCCGUGAAGAAGCGCCAAGAGAAAUUCCCCACGCUCAAGGGAGACUUCUUCGUCUACAGCGACAUCUUCACCGAAGGCCGUCCUGCCUACUGGAGUGGCUACUACACAACGAGACCCUCCUACAAGAUCCUAAGUCGUGAUUUGGAGCACAAUCUCCGUUCACUGGAAAUCCUCUUCACGGUUGCCUUCAAUAGAGCACGACAGAGCAAGAAUUAUGACGCAUUGAGAAUCUUUGAGAAGAAUUAUGAGAAAAUUAUUCACGCCCGAAGGAAUUUGGGUCUAUUCCAGCAUCAUGACGCCAUAACGGGGACAUCCAAGUCAAAUGUUAUGCGUGACUAUGGCACGAGAAUCUUCACGAGUAUCCAAGAUUCGGUGAAGUUGCAGGAAUCAACGAUUGAGAUGCUCCUGCAGAAGGAAGAUCAUCACAUUGAACAUGGUUUCAUACUCAGCGAACUCGAGCGGGAUAGCUACAACAAGAUCCCCCGAAAGACACCCAUUCAUGUAAAGCAAAAUAAAACGCUCGAAUUUGUCCUGUACAAUUCCCUCCUGCAGGAGAGGCUUGAGGUUGUCCUCCUGCGGACACUCAGCCCCAAUGUUCGGGUGCUCAACAGCGAUCGUGUUGAAAUGGAAAUUCAAAUUAAUCCUGUGUGGAAUAUAAGUGAGAGCACAGACUCCCUAACUAAUAUGUACGCAAGUGGGAAUGCCGUAAAUAGGAUAACAAUUUCUGAGCAUGAAUUUGAAAUAAUGUUCGUAACGAAACUCCCACCAUUAUCCCUGACAACGUUCACUGUGGAGCAUAUUGGAGAUGCCCGCAGUCGAAUGGCCACAAUUUACUGCAAUGAUUGCCACAACGAUCGUCACAAAGACUUUGAGGUGCGAAAUAAACUGCCAGGAGAUGUUCAGCUGGAGAAUCAGAAGAUGCGCCUCCUGUUCGAUGAGCACAGUGGCUUCCUCAAGACCGUAACAAUGAAGAAUAUGGGUAAACCCAUUCAGUGUGCUAUCAAUUUUGGUGCCUACCGCAGUGCUCAAUUCCAUUCGGGGGCGUACCUCUUCAAAACCGACCCUGACCAUCAGAAUGCCGAAAAGGACGUCCUGGAGCAGUACACCGAUGUGAAGAUUCUCAUAACAUCCGGUCCUAUUGCCAGUGACGUCACUGUGAUCUACGGACCCUUCCUAGCGCACACAGUACGCAUCUACAACACAAAGACGGACCUAGAUCAGGCGGUGUACAUUGAGAAUGACAUUGAUUUUGAGCCACCGCCGAAGAAUCGUGAAACGGAGUUAUUCAUGCGAUUCGUUACGGACAUUGAGAAUGGGGAGAUUCCGGAAUUCUAUUCGGAUCUCAAUGGGUUCCAAUUCCAGAAGCGCGUGAAAGUUAGUCAAAUUGGUGUUGAGGGGAACUACUUCCCAAUCACCACGGCAGCCUUCAUUCAAGAUGACCGACUGAGACUCACCCUACUCACGAAUCAUGCCCAAGGGAGUGCCAGUCUCGAUCCUGGGCAACUUGAGGUAAUGCUCGAUCGACGAACACUGUACGAUGAUUAUCGUGGAAUGGGUGAAGGUGUUGUGGAUAGUCGUUUGACACGCCAUCGAUUCUGGUUGUUGCUGGAGACAAAACCCACUGCCCCAGUGCCGCCAAAUGAAACAAAUGACCCAGGAAAGGAGAAGAAGCCCACCAGUGAGGAUCAAACGUACCAUGUACUGAGCCUCUUUGGCAAUCAUCUCAGCAAUAGCCUCAACUAUCCAGCAAACAUUUACUUUGUGGAACGCGAUGAUGAUCUUCCAUUGAAGAUAAAUCAAAUUGUUCCACUCCUACAGCACUCAUUCCCAUGUGAUUUCCACCUUUUAACCCUAAGGACCCAAACUGAAGUCAAUCUACCCCUCUUCCCAGCUAAAACAGCUCUAAUGGUCAUCCAACGGCAGGGCUAUGACUGCAAUCUUGCCACAGUUGAUAACAAUUGUACAAAAUUCCGCGGAUUGGAGAAGCAACUCUUCAGGGAUGUCCACAUUCAGGACAUCACACAGGCCAGUCUCACGGGGUUGCAUGAGAAGGCAAAGAUUGAGAAAUCAAGUGAUAUGUCUAUUGAACCAAUGGAAGUUAGAACGUUCGUUCUAAGAUUCUAAAGCACUCUAGAACAAUUUUUAGUUUAUUUUUUAAUUAUUAAGGUAAAAAACGUUUUUAAUUUAGUAAAGGAAUGUGCAAAUAUAAAUUUUUAUUAGGUAUGGGAAUGAAUGAAUAUCUCAAUUUUUCUUUGUUAUUUGUUUUCUAAUUAUUUAAUUUUUUUUUUCUUAAAUUAAUUCUCAUGCGAAAGAUCUAAAUUAGGAAUGAUUUGAAAAGAGAGAUUUUUUUUCUAAAUUAUUAUAAAUCUUGAGAUAUUUUGUAUGAUGAAGAUGAAUUAGAAAAUAAUAUGGAUUAGGGAAAAUGUAGACUUUGUGCACACGAUCAAAUAGAACACGAAAAGGUAAUGGCCCCAGAAUGCAAAAAAAAUAAUCAUUAGUGAAACAAGAAGAUAAAAAAAAUAGUAGAAUCUCAAAUAUAUCGUAAAAAAUAAGUUUAAGAACAAAUUCAGUAAGAUGGAGAACAAACACACAGACAGUAUGACCCUGAGGAUGAUUCAAAGUAUUAAAUAGAUUUAAUUUUUUAAAUUGAAUGUGCAGGUAAUAUAUAAUGUUUAUAGAAAUAUAUAUAAUAGUGAAUGAGUAGAAAUUAGUGGGAAUUUAAUCAUGACAAAAAAUAUAUAGUUAAAAUAUUUAAAGAGUAUUAUAAUUUUAUCACGUUUAGAGAUUAGAAAGUAAAAAAAAAAUUACUCAAAGAUUUAACAAAAAAAAAUAACUAAUGUCACGUUUUCUCGCGUUUUUUGGCUUUAAUUUGACCUUUAACUUUGUUUUUUUUUUGGGUUUUUUCCAUCAUUUAUUUAUGAUAGUUAAUUAGCGUCCUCCAUACUUUUAACGGUGCAGCUCUCAAUUAGGCAGCUUUUAAUUUUUAAUUUUUAAAUUUAAGUUAAAAACGAUCUGAUUAAGUUAUAAUAUUUUUGCCCUUUAGUUCGAUUUACGUGCUUUUAGGCAAAGUGAAAUUAUUCCAAAUAUAUUUUAAGAUUUAUGUUCACUAUUAUACUAAAGAUUUAUUGUCUAUUUGUAAAUAAUUUUGCAUUUUUUAAAUACAUUUAAAAAAUAUCUACUUUUA